CUCCUAUAUACUUUCGUUUCCGGCCUAGCUUCUUCCUUUCCGUGCUGUUAACGCUCUCGCAAACAUGGUGAACGUUCCUAAAACCCGCCGGACUUUCUGUAAGAAGUGUGGCAAGCAUCAACCCCACAAAGUAACACAGUACAAGAAGGGCAAGGAUUCUCUGUAUGCACAGGGGAAGCGGCGUUAUGACAGGAAGCAGAGUGGCUAUGGUGGGCAGACUAAGCCGAUUUUCCGGAAAAAGGCUAAAACUACAAAGAAGAUUGUGCUGAGGCUUGAAUGUGUUGAGCCCAACUGCAGAUCUAAGAGAAUGCUAGCUAUUAAGAGAUGCAAGCAUUUUGAACUGGGAGGAGAUAAGAAGAGAAAGGGCCAAGUGAUCCAGUUCUAAGCUUCAUUUUUUGUUUUAUGUGACAAUAAAAUCAUAAGGAUAUGUUUACUUCA